GUUGCCGACUCUGAAUCUCUCUGCUCAUCCAUUUCGAACUUAACGCCCCCUCCUCCCUGGAGUCCCUCCCCAAUUCACCACUCUUCUCUCCAACUCUUCUCUCUCUCUCUCCACACUCUCUAAACAAGGUUCAGUUGCUCCAUACCUUCCUUGUACUCACUCCUUUCUCUAAUGGGUUUCGUGCGUAAUCUAUUAUUCAAACUUGAAUUAACAAGGUCUAGACUCAACCCCAUACUCAAAUUUUAGAUGACCUUUUUUAUAUUUCCGAGUGUUUGCUCUGUUUUUCUUGUUUUUUUACGAGAGAUUUUUGGGACCACAUAGUAGGGUUUCAUUGAUGGACUGUUUUUCAUGCUUCAAGUUUAUGGGCCAGAAGAAGAGUGACUAUGGAUGUGGGUUUUUUGUAUUUGGGUGUUUAAGGCAAUUAUUCAACGUGUUAUGUCUCUUUUUGGUGUUCAGUUUGGGGUUGAAGGUCCUGCAGUUGGGUAAUCAUCUCAAGGGCUUAAUUCAAUUGCUGUUUGAUUUUAGAGGGAAAUCAAGUGAUUUAAGAAACGGGUUUUGUUCAAAAAGCUGUACUAAUCAUGAGAAAUACAAUACGAUAGUUUCUUGUGGUUUUAGAAGAAAAUCAAGUGAUUUGGGAAAUGGGCUUUGUUCAAAACCUUGUGUGCUAUUGGAAUUUUUGAGGAAUUCAGAAGCAAUUGGUCAAUUGGAGGAAAAUAAUGGAGUUGAGAAGAGAAAUGGUGAUUAUGUGAAGGAAAAUUUUGUUUCUAAUGGGGAAUUUGGUGAAUUUGCAAAAGGGGAUGGUAAUGUCAAGGAAAAUUUUGAUUCACAUGGGGAAUUUGGCAAUGAAAGUAAUGGACAAGAGUUGGUAAAUGGAGAUGAAGAAGUUGAUGUCAUGGCAUUGAGGGAAUUGGUGAAUAUUGAGAGGCAAAGGGCAGAUGCUGUUUAUUUGGAACUUGAAAAGGAGAGAAACGCAGCUGCCACGGCUUCUGAGGAAGCAAUGGCAAUGAUUUUGCGUCUUCAAAACGGGAAGAGUUUGAUCGAGAUGGAAGCCAAACAGUACCGUAGAUUGGCUGAGGAAAAGCAAAUCCAUGAUCAAGAAGUAAUCCAAUCAUUGAGAUGGAUUGUGAUGAAGCAUGAGUCAGAAAGGGGUCUUUUGGAAGACCAGUUGAGGUAUUUUAGGCGAAAAUCAAAGGUUUGUGUGAAGGGUGACGAAGGGGAUGAAUCCAAAGGAUUCGAUGAAUCUUUGAACUUUUUCAACUCAAAUAUGGAGGGGAGCCCUGGUGAUGCCCUAAUUAGCUCUCGUGACAUCGAUAUGUCACCACGUUGAGUUCUUCUUUGUUUAGUGCAUUGGUUAUGCUUUUGUUUUCUAUGCAGUUCAAAAAAGUUAGGGGGGAAAAUCGCAAGUUGGAACAUGACUUGUAAAAUUGCAGUGUAGCUCUAUGAUUUUUCCAUGUUUCAUAUGUGGUUUAGUGGACGCGUUAGAAAAUCACAGUGAAAUAGCUAGGGAGUUGUUGAGCAUUGCAGUUCUUUCCAUUUGAUGUCUGGGCUCUGUUGUAUUAUGCAACGAAAAUUUGGUGGUAUACUAGUGUUUUUUGGCUUGCUGUACUCUUAGGUUGCCUGCAAAUUGUUCUAUGUUUAGAACCAAUUAAAGGAUAGCUAAAAUUUGGUUUAAAUAAUUGAGAUAUGUAUUUCAAGAUUAUGAUUGUUUUUUAAAUGUCAAUAAAGAAGUAUCUGGCACAAAUCAUUUAGGAGAAUAGUCUAACUAUGACAUAAUUACUUAGAUAAAGAAGUAAGUGAAUAUCUAAAUCAUUACAUCAUAUCCACAAAUCAUCUGGCAUGAAUCCUAUCUGUAGUAUUAACUAGGAUUUAAUAUUUUGGCACAAAUCGUGUCGAAAUUACUAAAUCAGUAAAAUAUGUUGAAAAUUCAUCUGGCACAAAUCAUAGGUAAAGGUA